AGUUCGCCUACGGCAGUCUUGGCCAUGGCGUGCCGCAAGUGGCUGCUACUGGUGGUGCUGCUGCUUUCCACCACUGGUGGUCCCAGUGACCCUGACCACCUAUGUGGCCUAAAUAUGUACCAACUUGGGAACCUCUGCUGCAAACUCUGCCCCACAGACCUGGUCUUCCCUCACCACUGUCCCACCUCUCCCAAAGGUCACUAUGUCAGCAAACAUUGCAUUGUGAACAACAGCCUUAGCAAGUGCAGUCCUUGUGAGCCCAACACCUUCAUGGCCCACGCCAGUGACCGGCUUUCGUGUGACAAGUGUAAUCAGUGCCGGGAAGACCAGGAGAUGGUGGCUGAGUGCUCCCCAACCAGUGACCGGCAGUGCCAGUGUAAAUCGGGCCGCUUCUGCGACUCUGCAGACUGCGUGGAGAGCUGCUUCCGCUGUAGGAGGUGUCCUGAGGGCAGUAAAGUCCUCUGGCCAUGUAAUGCCACAGCAAACACAGUAUGUGCCGAGCCUGAGCCUGAGGCUGAUCCAGAGUCAGGAAACAGAAAGUUGUAUUAUUUGUUCUUCCUCGUCAUCCCUAUACUUAUUGGCAUAGCCAUCUACUGCUGUAAAAAGAAAGGUAUCUCAUGGAUCACCAAGCGUAUCAAGCAAGAGUCAUAUAAGCCAGGCGGCCCUUCUGCUGGAAACAGCAGGCCCCAUGAACCCCUGCUCACCCUGCAUGCUGUGAGAGACCAGUCAGCCCCCUGUACAGAAGUGCUGCUGGGUGAAGAGAGUUCUGCUGUGGCUCCAGAGGCCGAGACCUGCCCUGGGUCCUCCGAGGACCUGGCAGAGAACCCUGUGAGGCAGGCCCUGGUGACUGAAGGAGGCGCAGCUGCCCCAGAGCUGGCUCUGCACCCCCGUCCUGCUGCCCUUGGGUCCCAGGGCCACACCAAGGCGACAGCCCCCCUAAAUGUUCUGGAGCAGGAGUAUGCAAAAACGUAUUUUCUGAAGGAUACGUCCACUGAAGCUACCAAUAGAAUUUUUUAUGAAAUUGGACAUGAAAUUCCAAAAGGUACCUGGAAGAUGUUCAUGAGGUUUAUCGGACUUGAAGAAAAUGAUAUUGAAAUCUGUGAAGAUGAAAAUCCAGGAAAUGUGAUGGAACAGCGUCAAAGGAUGCUUCUCCGGUGGAGAACUAUCCUGGGAAAGGAUAGUUCUGUUUUUAAACUCAUGGCUGCCCUCCAUAAACUGCAGUUGGACAUGCCUUUGCAAAAUAUUAUAAACAGACUGGUUGCUGAAAACAUCUUAGGUAGACAUGCUGGGACCCCAACUUAGAUUCAGGUAUUUUGGGGCACAUUUGAUAUUGAGCGAUAUCCUAGAUGAACAGAAUGUGAGGUGCUUCUGUGAAUUUCAGUCUUAUUGGAAACUUAAUGGAUUCCUGAUGAGUCUACAUCCCAUCGCUGAAGCUUUCAACAGAACAUUUUCUGUGUAAAGCUUUCUAUGGGAGUUGGAGGGCUGUCCUUGGACUGUGUGGCUGAGUUGGGCCUACAGGGAUUCCAGAGGGCUGUGAGCUGUGGAGGCAGGAACCAGCUACCUAUGCCCAUUCAAUGUCCUGGACCUCUUCCCCAGGAGCCGAGGUGGGGAGGAUUUGUUUUUGGCUUUCUGCCUUGCCCACUGGUUCUCAUAUUCACUGUGAUGCUCCCACGGCUUGAAUGAGGUGUGCAGACUAGGUGCUCCAUAAGUGUGUCUGAGUAAGUGAGCCACAGAUGCAAGCAACUUGCAGCUGGGGAUGAUGGUCUGAUAGUCUCCAUAAGCCCAGGUCAGAGUCAGUGCUUUCAGGCUACCACUUGGGACUUCAACGUGAGGUUAAGAUUGAAUUAGACUAGACCCCAUCUUCUAAACCAGGAUGAGCAGGGUGAGGCAUGAUGCCCAUCACAGAGACUUCUUUAGUGCCUAAGCUUUUAAAGUAUUGAGUGUCUCUGCUUCUGGUCUCUUGGGUUUUGGCCACAGAACCCAGAUGAUGAAGGGAACAACAUUUUUGGGAAAGUGUCACAGUAAGAUGUACACAUCGUGCCACUGCUAAUGGCUCUAUGGCCUGCCACCUUCUAAAGUCACAAAUGUGGCUACCCUGCCAAGGGCAAGAGAAUGUAUAACUGGAAUGCCAAGGCUAAAAGACAAAAUACCAAUGGGACUAGUUGGAUGAGGCGGCUAUAAAUUGUGCAUCUCAGACAAAAAGAUACCAGGGCUGCACCCUUCUCCAGGAACUGAACUGUGCUUCCAUUGCAACUUUAGAAAUAAAAAAAUGCCCUAGAAA